CAACCGCUCAAGACUCUUAGAACCUCUGUGAUGCUGCCGCCGGCUUUGCUUCGCCGAUCCCUGCUGUCCUACGCCUGGAGGGGCUCUGGGCUGCGGUGGAAACAUGCCUCCUCUCUGAAGGUGGCCAAUGAGCCCAUCUUAGCGUUUACUCAGGGCAGCCCCGAACGGGACGCACUGCAGAAGGCUCUGAACGACCUGAAGGACCAGACAGAAGCCAUCCCCUGCGUUGUUGGGGACGAGGAGGUGUGGACCUCUGAUGUGCGGUACCAGCUGUCGCCUUUUAACCAUGGACACAAGGUGGCCAAGUUCUGUUAUGCCGACAAGGCCUUGCUCAACAAAGCCAUCGAAGCUGCCGUGCUUGCCAGGAAAGAGUGGGACCUGAAGCCCGUGGCAGACCGGGCCCAGAUCUUCCUGAAGGCGGCAGAUAUGCUGAGCGGGCCCCGAAGGGCUGAAAUCCUUGCCAAGACCAUGGUGGGACAGGGCAAGACCGUAAUCCAAGCAGAGAUUGACGCCGCAGCCGAACUCAUCGACUUCUUCAGGUUCAAUGCCAAGUUCGCCGUGGAACUGGAGGGGGAACAACCCAUCAGCGUGCCACCCAGUACCAACCACGUGGUGUACCGGGGACUGGAGGGCUUCGUGGCGGCCAUCUCUCCCUUCAACUUCACCGCGAUCGGAGGCAACCUGGCAGGCGCACCGGCCUUAAUGGGCAACGUGGUUCUCUGGAAGCCCAGUGACACUGCCAUGUUGGCUAGCUAUGCUGUCUACCGCAUCCUCCGGGAGGCCGGCUUGCCCCCCAACGUAAUCCAGUUUGUGCCAGCUGAUGGGCCGACAUUCGGGGACACAGUCACCAGCUCAGAGCACCUCUGUGGUAUCAACUUCACAGGCAGUGUGCCCACCUUUAAACACCUGUGGAAGCAGGUGGCCCAGAAUCUGGACCGGUUCCGUACCUUCCCACGCCUGGCUGGAGAGUGUGGCGGGAAGAAUUUCCAUUUCGUGCACAGCUCGGCCGACGUGGACAGCGUGGUGAGCGGGACGCUGCGCUCGGCCUUCGAGUAUGGCGGUCAGAAGUGCUCAGCCUGCUCGCGCCUCUACGUGCCACAGUCUCUGUGGCCACAGAUCAAAGGGCGACUGCUGGAGGAGCACAGCAGGAUCAAAGUGGGCAACCCUGCAGAGGACUUUGGGACCUUCUUCUCUGCAGUGAUUGAUGCCAAGGCCUUCGCCCGCAUAAAGAAGUGGCUGGAGCAUGCGCGUUCCUCGCCCAGCCUCAGCAUCCUGGCAGGCGGCCAGUGUAACGAGUCGGUGGGUUACUUCGUGGAGCCGUGUAUCAUUGAGAGCAAGGACCCACAGGAGCCCAUCAUGAAGGAGGAGAUCUUCGGCCCUGUGCUGACAGUGUAUGUGUACCCGGAUGAGAAAUACAGAGAGACGCUGCAACUGGUCGACAGCACCACCAGCUAUGGCCUCACGGGGGCAGUGUUUGCCCAGGAUAAAACAAUUGUCCAAGAAGCCACGAGGAUGCUGAGGAACGCUGCUGGCAACUUCUACAUCAACGACAAGUCUACUGGAUCUGUGGUGGGCCAGCAGCCCUUUGGGGGCGCCCGGGCCUCAGGAACCAAUGACAAACCAGGAGGCCCCCACUACAUCUUACGCUGGACCUCACCCCAGGUCAUCAAGGAGACUCAUAAGCCCCUGGGGGACUGGCGAUACUCCUACAUGCAGUAACCCGGCCCAGCACCUCUGUUGUCAAACCAUCUGUCCAUCCAAAUGACAGACAUCUCUGCACUGACCCCCCUGCUCCCCAACCAGCUCCUCCUGGACUCUCUACAGCUGAGCUGGACCCUGCCCUGGCCACUGGGUACCUUUCCUUGGAAUCAGGUGCCCAGUCAUUGGCUUUGGUCAUAUUGGAGAGGAUGAGCCAAUCUACCCAGAAAUCUCAUCUGCUGGGGAACACCCUGGUACCUGGCAGGUUCUUCCCCUGACUGCUUUUCUUGCCUCAUCCUGGACCGGGUGACUCAGAGGCCCCGAGAACAGAGAGGGAUAUUUUCAGGAUCUUGUCAGGGAAGGAGACAACGCUGGUGUCCUGUAGCCUCACCACUCAAAGACUCCUGACCUUAGCCUUGUCCCCUACACAUGUCCACUGAGAUAAGACCUUAGCCAGAUGUCUGUCCGGGCACCAGCUGGCUUUGCCCUUGGUCUGUGCUAGCUCCUCCUGCAGGUACUUGUGUCCAGCCAUAUGCCUUAGACCCAUGUGCCUUCCUCCAGGGUGCCUGUGCAUCCCUGAGACUUCAUCCCUCCUGGCCACCUUCUGGGAGUGACCAGUCAUGGUCACCCCAUACAGUCUGAAUCUGGGAAGCCUCGAGAUGGGCCUCCAUUCCAUACUCUUGUGCGAUGCAGCCAGCCCAGAGGUAGCCAGGGUGAGCUCCUGCUUGGGUCCCUGAUAAUCAAAUGUUUCCAGUGGCUUGAGAGCAUGUGGGGUUUCCUUUCAAGGACAUUUGCCAGGGGUCCGCAUGGAGCUGGUAUAGCUGUCACCAAGGGCUACCCUCAUCACUCUCAGGGGCAGGCACCAGUACCAGGCCGGCUCUGUCCUGCUUCCUUUCAGGGUCCAUGUUGCUUCCCAGGGAGCAGGGCUAGACUGCAAAUGUCCCGAUUCUGCUGGUUCUAUACUGUGAGGCGCAUUUACUGCCACCUGAGAAAAUGCCAGAUACCUACUCAAAGUGGCCACGGAGGGAGGUGAGGGGCGCACUGGAUUCUCAUUCCUAAUCUAACGAACUGCCAGCGACUUGUCGCAUGGUUCUGUGUGAUGCCACUGGAGGGAGUAGUGACUCCGGUGCCCAGUGGUUGGGUUUAAAUGGCUUUUUGUCUCCCCCACCCCCCAAGGUGGUCACCCAAAAAAACCAUGUAAAUUCUCUAACCUUUCAUGUCUAAAAUGGUGACGAUUCCCUCAUGUACCCGGAGGAUCAUUGAGCUAAUCCCUGUGGAUUUCAGAUAAACGAUUGGAAAUGUCACCUGUUUGUUUCUCAACCCUGUGUGCUGAUCUUAUGUGUCAGCUUUGCUGGGCCACAGUACCCAGAGACCUGGUCAACCAUUGUGGAAGGUGCCUUGAAUGAGAGUAAAGUUUAAAUAAAUGAGCUCUUAAAUUUU